UCUGGCGCGAAAUGUUGAAGAUGGAGGCGCGCAGGGUGAAGAGCAGAGUGAACACGGGCUUUCAGAUGCGUGGACUGACGCUCCGUCCUGAGAGCAGCAAGUACCUGGUGGAAGUGCUGCAGUCUGUGAGUGAACAGGAGCUGGAUGAUGCCAUCGAAAGGGUGCUGGAUGCCGUCGAAAAGCAGCCACUGUCUUCUAGUAUGAUUGAGCUGUCUGUGGUGGAAAUCGCCGUUCAUGAGUGUAGCCAAUUAAAUGACGAAACAACAGACAAUGUCUUCAAUAUAAUUGGAGCAUUUGAUGUUCCAAGGUUCAUCUAUAGCACAGAGAGAAAGAAGUUUGUCCCACUGGCCAUGUCCAACCACCCCAGACCCAGUCUCUGUGGGACAGCCAGGGACAAGGCGGAGCUCUUCAGGGAACGCUACACCGUUCUGCAGCAGCGAAUACACAGGCACGAGCUCUUCACCCCCCCAGUGAUUGGAUCUGCCCCUGACGAAGGUCACAGUAAAUUCCAGCUGUGCACAGUGGAAGCUCUGCUGGGAAGCACAGUGAAAAUGGGUGAGGUCAUUGUGCUGGGGAUGGUGACACAGCUGAAAGAGGGCAAAUUCUACUUGGAGGACCCCAGCGGCACUGUGCAGCUGAACCUCUCCAAAGCCCAGUUCCACAGUGGACUGUACACUGAGUCCUGCUUUGUUCUGGCAGAAGGCUGGUAUGAGGACUACGUCUUCCAUGUCACCGCCUUUGGCUUCCCGCCCACAGAGCCAUCCACCACCACCAGGGCAUACUACGGUGACAUCAACUUCUUCGGCGGGCCCUCAUCCACAGCGGUGAAGGCUUCGGCCAAGCUGCGCAAACUAGAGGAGGAGAACGAGAAUGCCAUGUUUGUGUUUGUCUCUGACGUGUGGCUGGACAGUGUGGAGGUGCUGGAGAAGAUCCGCACCAUGUUCUCAGGCUACUCAGCGAUGCCUCCCACCUGCUUCAUCUUCUGUGGGAACUUUUCUUCGACCCCCUAUGGCAGAAACCAGAUUAGAUCCCUCAGAGAGUCCCUGAAGGCCCUCGCUGACAUCAUCUGCGAAUAUCCCAGCAUCCACAAUAGCAGUCGCUUUGUGUUCGUCCCUGGUCCGGAAGACCCUGGGCCCAAUGCAAUCUUGCCCAGGCCCCCACUUGCUGACCACAUCACAGAGGAGUUCAGGCAGAAAGUGCCGUUCUCUGUGUUUACCACGAACCCCUGCAGAAUCCAGUACUGCACCCAGGAGAUAGUGGUCAUCCGGGAAGAUCUCGUGAACAAGAUGUGCCGCAACUGCAUCCGUCUACCUAGCGGCAACCUGGAUAUCCCAAACCAUUUUGUGAAGACCAUUUUGUCUCAAGGUCAUUUAACACCCCUGCCGUUGUACGUCAGUCCAGUUUUCUGGGCUUUCGACUAUGCCCUGAGGGUGUAUCCAGUGCCAGAUAUGAUCGUCUUUGCAGACAAGUACGACCCCUUCAACAUCUCCAACACAGGCUGCCUCUCCAUCAAUCCUGGUUCUUUCCCAAGAAGUGGUUUUACUUUUAAGGUUUAUUACCCUUCGAACCGAAUAGUCGAGGACAGCAAACUUCAAGGUCUCUAAAAGCCAAGACCGAUGGAAUGUGGGAUUUCAAUAGACCGGAAUCUUCUACUGUAUAAUAGAGUA